AUGCCGUGGUCUUUUGUCUUGCCUCAGGCGAUCUUUGCGUCGCCGCUUCUUGCGGUCGCAACACCCAUUGGUGUUGGAAUGACCUCUGCACUCCUCACCAGUCGCUCAAACACCAAAGACACCUACAAGCAACUCCGCCAACCGCCCUUUAGCCCGCCCGCUUGGUUGUUCGGACCUGCUUGGACCGUUCUGUACGGUCUGAUGGGCUAUGCGUCUCACCACUCUACCGCUGUUGCCUCGCAAUCUCUUCUUCCGGGCCUUCAUGAGGCCAACCAGACCGCGCAAGUUCUCUACACGUCUCAACUGGCGCUGAACUUCCUUUGGACUCCACUCUUCUUUGGCAUGGGACGGCCAGCAAGUGCUUUGGCGGAUAUGGCUUUGUUGAUUGGCAACGUGUCAAUUCUGAUGGCGAACUGGUGGGACAGCGACCGCACGGCUUUCUGGUUGAUGACGCCGUACUUGGGCUGGCUAAGCUUUGCGUUCUACCUCAACGCAGGAGUGGGAUAUCUGAACAAUUGGACUUUGUAUCCCAGCAAAUCGCAUGCGGAAUGA